UCCUUGAAUUUAAUUUCACAGUAAAUCUUUUCCAAAAUCACCUUUCAUAACCCAACGAAUAAAUUUAAACAACAGCAUAAAUUCUGUGCCCAAAAAUCCGACAAAAAUGUCUGACAGUUUUGGUGCGAAGGGAGCACUUGAUGGCUUAGGCAGACAGUCACCCUACACUCAGAUUUGUAUUGGCGCUGGCACUGGCCUGUUCGUUGGCUACGUUUUCUUCAAGGCCAGCAAAUCCGUUGCCAUUGCAGCUGGAGGAUCAAUACUGCUGGCACAGCUGGCCAUUCAGUCGGGAUUGAUCAAAAUCGAUGCACUGGAGACGAUCUUGUUGCAUGGAAACCAAGACGUUAGAGGCAACAUUCAUGUGCUGCCAAAUGUAACAAAUACAGAGACCAUGGAGAUAAUAAUGGAACGGUUGACCAAAGCCUAUGAUAUUGUAGCUAGCAGUAGACGACUGUGCGUGGCCAUGUUGGGCGGUUUCUUGGUGGGUUUUGGCUUGGCCUAGACCCAAAAUAAAUAUUGUUUAAUAUUGAAAUUAUUAUUCAAAUUAAAGUAUGUAAAUCUGUCAGCA